GCUCCGCGACGCGUCCCGUGAUUCCCGGUGGCGCUGAGGGAACCGAGCGGCGUGAGGGGGGCUGGGCCCCUCCCGGGAGCCCCCCAGCCCCUCCGGCACCCCCACCUCGCGCUGGGUCUUGGGGGCCCCUCAGCGGUGGCCGGGGAGGCAUUUUGGAGAGUUUUGCGGGGAUUUCAGAGUCUCUGCUCGCCCUGACGCCCCCCCCUCUACUCCAGCCCCCCGCCCCCGCAGGCUCUGCCCUCCCUCCCUGCAGGUUUCGGGGCUUUCCCCCCUCGUAAACCCCCCGCCGCUAUGGAGGAGGUCGACAAAAUCCUCAUCCACUCGCUGCGGCAGGCGGGGACACUGGUGCCCCCUGAGAUCCAGAGUGUGCGGGACUUCCCGCCGGAGCUGGUGGUGGAGGCUGCGGUGCGCUGCGUCCGUGUGGUGCGCCCGGCGCUGGGUGCCCCACUCAGCACCCUCCUGCCCCCCGGCAUGUCAGCCCGCUUCCGCCUCGCCUCCGACCUGGCCAGUGCCUGCCAGGAGCUGGGCUUCAGCGGCGAUGUGGGCUACCAGACCUUCCUGUACAGCUCCGAGCACGACACCCGCCGCCUCCUGCUCUUCCUUGUGGAGAAGCUGCCGCGGGACGAGGCCGAGGGAGGGGCCGAGCCCCCAGGGAAGUCAGGGACACUGCUCCGGGCUAUUAGCGCCUGCAUCCGGGACCAGCUGGGGACCCCCUGGGUGCCCCCCCGCUGCCGCACCCCUCGCUUCCAGCGCCUGCAGGGUGUUGGCCAUCUCCAUCCCUUUUCUACCUGCCCCCUGAUUCUACCCCACACCGGGGGCUCCCCAGAGCUGCAGGAGUACUUCAGGGGGGCAGCCCCCCCUGUGCCUGCGCAGCCCCCCCAACCUGCCAGGGCUCCCCCAGCACUGCUGGAGACCCACACGGCCCAGCUCAGCACCCACCACAACUGGGAGACCGAGUGGGGGAGCAUUGGGCUGGCCUCCCGCCUGCCCCCCCAGGAAUACGUGGGACGGAAACGGCUCCAGGCCCGGCUCCGGGCACUGGAAUCUCUCCGCCAGGCCUGCCCCCCUCGGCCCUAUGGCCCCCCUGAGGGGUCUUUGGACCCUGCCUGGCUCCAGGGGGCCUUUGGGGCUGGCGGGGAGACUGGGGGGGCCUUGCCCAAAGGGUCACGCUUUACCCGCACCCAGCACCUAACCCAUGAACAGGACCCCCAGGUGUUGCUGCAGCAGGUCCGGGUGGCUGCUGAGGCCCUGCCGCCCUCGAAGGGCUCUGAGGAGGGCAUGGGGAUGCGCCAGGCCGGGGAGGAGGCAGCGCUGGAGGCGACGCUGGCCCGGCUGGAGGUGGAGAUCGAGGGCCGGCGAGGGGAGGCGCAGGCCGCCCAGCUGGGGCUGGCGCAGGCGGAGGCGGAGGUGCGGCAGGGCCGCCUGGCGCUGGGGAGCCGCCAGGACGCGCUGCGGCUCAAGGCGCAGGCCCUCGAGCUGCUCCCAGAUGCCCAGGGCAACCUGGCCAAACUGCAGCUGGUGGUGGAGGCGAUCUCAGGGGUGUUUUGGGGGGUGCUCAUGGCCCAUUUUGGGGUGCUCCCAGCGCGGUGGCAGCUGGUGGUGGAGGCGUUCACGGGGGUGUUUUGGGGGGUGCUCACGGCCCGUUCUGGGGUGCUCCCGGCACGGUGGCAGCUGGUGGUGGAGGCGUUCACGGGGGUGUUUUGGGGGGUGCUCACGGCCCGUUCUGGGGUGCUCCCGGCACGGUGGCAGCUGGUGGUGGAGGCAAGCAGCCAGCGCAUCGUGAGCCUGGCGGGGCAGUGGGAGCGGCACCGUGGGCCCCUCCUGGCCGAGUACCGGCACCUCCGGGCCCUGCGCGACUCUGCUCAGCUGGAGUCGUCGAGGCGCCUGUCAGAGAUCCGGGCACUGCACGAGCGGAGCUGCUCGGCCGCAGACGAGGCCCGGCGCAAGGAGGAGCUCUACAAGCAGCUGGUGCUGGAGCUGGAGGCGCUGCCCCGCGACAUCUCACGCGCUGUCUACACUCGCCGCAUCCUGGAGAUAGUCGGCAACAUCCGCAAGCAGAAGGAAGAGAUCGGCAAGAUCCUGGUGGACACACGAGUGCUGCAGAAGGAGAUCAACACGCUCGUGGGGAAGCUAGAGCGGACGUUCAGCGUCACCGACGAGCUGCUCUUCAAGGAUGCCAAAAGGGAUGAAGUGGUGCGGAAGGCCUACAAGUACCUGGCGGCGCUGCACGAGAACUGCGCCCAGCUCAUCCACACCAUCGAGGACACUGGCACCAUCCAGCGAGAGAUCCGUGACCUGGAGGAGCAGAUCGAGGAGAACAUCAGGCAAGUGAAGCUGAGCAGCCCGGACUAUAAGGGCUGUGCCCAGGAGGAGGUGGUGGCUGACUUCCUCAAGCGCAUUGACUGCUACAAGGCCACUUACGAGCCCCUGGAUGACCAGCUUGACAGUGACCUGUCCUACAUCAAGAUCUUCGACGUGGGUGUACGCUACCUGGCAAACCGGGUGCAGGGCCACGUGCAGAGCCGCACCGUGUACUACCUCAUGAACAUCCACGUGACACCCCGCGCCAUCUACCUCAGCCGCCACGGCGAGAGCCAGCUCAACCUGCGCGGCCGCAUCGGUGGUGACUCGGGGCUCUCUCCCCGCGGCCGCCAGUAUGCCACAGCCCUGGCUGAGUUCAUCCGGAACCAGCACAUCCGGGACCUCAAGGUCUGGACCAGCCACAUGAAGCGGACCAUCGAGACAGCCGAGGCCCUGGAUGUGCCCUACGAGCAGUGGAAGGCGCUCAAUGAGCUCGACGCGGGCGUUUGCGAGGAGAUGUCCUAUGAGGAGAUCCAGGCCCGCUACCCCCAGGAGUUUGCGCUGCGUGACCAGGACAAGUACCGCUACCGCUACCCUAAGGGCGAGUCCUAUGAGGACCUGGUGCAGCGCCUGGAGCCCGUCAUCAUGGAGCUGGAGCGGCAGGAGAACGUGCUGGUCAUCUGCCACCAGGCUGUCAUGCGCUGCCUGCUGGCCUACUUCCUGGACAAGAGCGCGGAGGAGCUGCCCUACCUCAAGUGUCCCCUGCACACAGUGCUCAAGCUGACCCCGGUGGCCUACGGAUGCGAAGUGGAGUCCAUCUUUCUCAAUGUGGAGGCUGUGAACACACACCGUGAACGGCCUCAAAACGUCGAUGUCAGCCGUGCCACGGCUGAAGCCCUGCUCACUGUGCCGGAUCACUACUGAGGCCCUCUGGAUGCUGGGCCCCCCCAACAAGUAAAGGCUACGUUAACCAAUG